ACUCUGACAGCCAGCCCUGCCUCCCCUGCUGGGUGCUGCCUGGGCUGCAGCUGGGACCCUCCUGGGCUUGAUUUGAGAGCUGGAGCUUCCAGAGGAGGAGGCGGGGGUUGCUUUGAAUCAAGUGCACACUACCAGAAAUCCAUGUCCACGAAAGGACUCCUACUGUGGCCCCGGGUUCCUACUGCCCAGCUCUGGCUCUGGGACAUAAGAGGAUCAUUCUUGAGGACUGAGCUCAGGAUCCCUAAAAAGAAAGUUGGAAAAUAGCUCGAUGAACUUGAUCGUGAUGAGGACCUGAGCAUCUGCCUGCUGACAACCCCGGCCUAAAGUGACCAUGGCCCCCCGCAAGAGGAGCCGCCAUGGCCUGGGCUUCCUGUGCUGCUUUGGGGGCAAUGACCUCCCUGAGAUCAACCUCCGGGACAACCACCCUCUGCAGUACAUGGAGUUCAGCAGCCCCAUCCCCAACCCGGAAGAGCUUAAUGUCUGCUUCGCAGAGCUGGUGGAUGAAUUGGAUCUCACAGACAAAAACCGGGAGGCUGUGUUUGCACUGCCCCCUGAGAAGAAAUGGCAGAUCUACUGCAGCAAGAAGAAGGAGCAAGAGGACCCCAACAAACUGGCAACCAGCUGGCCUGACUAUUACAUCGAACGCAUCAACUCCAUGGCUGCGAUGCAGAGUCUGUAUGCGUUUGAUGAGGAGGAGACAGAGAUGAGGAACCAGAUCGUGGAAGACCUGAAGACGGCGCUGCGGACACAGCCCAUGAGGUUUGUGACCCGCUUCAUCGAGCUGGAGGGCUUGACCUGUCUGCUAAAUUUCCUCCGGAGUAUGGACCAUGCCACCUGUGAGAGCCGCAUCCACACCUCCCUCAUCGGCUGCAUCAAGGCACUGAUGAACAACUCCCAGGGGCGAGCUCAUGUGCUGGCCCAGCCCGAGGCCAUCAGCACCAUUGCCCAGAGUCUGCGCACAGAGAACAGCAAGACCAAGGUGGCCGUGCUGGAGAUCCUGGGCGCUGUGUGCCUCGUCCCUGGAGGCCACAAGAAGGUGCUGCAGGCCAUGCUACACUACCAGGUGUACGCAGCAGAGAGGACGCGCUUCCAGACUCUGCUGAAUGAGCUAGAUCGAAGUUUGGGCCGGUACCGGGAUGAAGUGAAUCUGAAAACAGCCAUCAUGUCCUUUAUCAACGCUGUCCUCAAUGCUGGAGCCGGAGAGGAUAAUCUGGAGUUUCGUCUACAUCUACGGUAUGAAUUCCUGAUGCUGGGGAUACAGCCUGUGAUCGAUAAGCUCCGACAACACGAGAACGCCAUCCUGGACAAGCAUUUAGACUUCUUUGAGAUGGUCCGGAACGAGGACGACCUGGAGCUAGCCCGGAGGUUCGACAUGGUGCACAUCGACACCAAGAGUGCUUCCCAGAUGUUCGAUCUGAUCCACAAGAAGCUGAAGCACACUGAGGCCUACCCAUGCCUGCUGUCUGUCCUGCACCACUGCCUGCAGAUGCCCUACAAGCGUAACGGAGGCUACUUCCAGCAGUGGCAGCUCCUGGAUCGGAUCCUCCAGCAGAUUGUCCUCCAGGAUGAGCGAGGUGUAGACCCUGACCUGGCUCCACUGGAGAACUUCAAUGUCAAGAACAUCGUUAACAUGCUCAUCAAUGAGAAUGAGGUGAAACAGUGGCGUGACCAGGCUGAGAAGUUCCGGAAAGAACACAUGGAGCUUGUGAGUCGGCUGGAGAGAAAGGAGAGGGAGUGUGAGACCAAGACGCUGGAGAAGGAAGAGAUGAUGCGGACGCUGAACAAGAUGAAGGACAAGCUGGCCCGAGAGUCCCAGGAGCUGCGUCAGGCUAAGGGACAAGUGGCAGAGCUGGUCGCCCAACUCAGUGAGAUCUCGACGGGCCCUGUAUCUUCCCCCCCUCCCCCUGGAGGUCCACUUCCCUUGUCUUCGUCGGUGACAACCAACGACCUGCCUCCACCCCCACCUCCUCUCCCCUUUUCCUGUUGCCCCCCACCUCCACCCCCACCCCCACCACCUGGAGGGCCUCCCACACCCCCCGGCGCCCCACCUUGCUUCAGCAUGGGCCUCCCCCUCCCUCAGGACCCCUUCCCCAGCAGUGAUGUCCCACUCAGGAAAAAGCGUGUCCCCCAACCUUCCCACCCACUGAAGUCCUUCAACUGGGUCAAGCUGAAUGAGGAGCGUGUCCCUGGCACCAUAUGGAAUGAGAUUGAUGACAUGCAGGUAUUUCAGAUUCUGGACCUAGAGGAUUUUGAAAAAAUGUUUUCCGCCUAUCAGAGGCACCAGGAGCUGAUAACUAAUCCUCCUCAGCAGUAUCCCCAGGUUGGUAGGAGGGUGGCUCCUGGCGGGUGGUCAAGAAGACGACUGGGGAAGGCAUACAUCUCAAUGCUUCCCCUGGACUCAUUGCAGAAGGAGUUGGGCUCCACAGAGGACAUCUACCUGGCCUCCCGCAAGGUCAAAGAGCUGUCAGUCAUUGAUGGCCGGAGGGCGCAGAACUGUAUCAUUCUUCUCUCCAAGUUGAAGCUUUCUAACGAGGAGAUCCGGCAGGCCAUUUUGAAGAUGGAUGAGCAGGAGGACCUUGCUAAGGACAUGCUGGAGCAGCUCCUCAAGUUCAUCCCGGAGAAGAGUGACGUUGACCUCCUGGAGGAGCACAAACACGAGCUGGAGCGCAUGGCCCGCGCCGACCGCUUCCUCUAUGAGAUGAGCAGGAUCGACCACUACCAGCAGCGACUGCAGGCCCUCUUCUUUAAGAAGAAGUUCCAGGACCGACUGACUGAGGCCAAGCCCAAAGUUGAAGCCAUCCUGCUGGCCUCCCGGGAGCUGACUCGCAGCAAGCGUCUGAAGCAGAUGUUAGAGGUUGUCCUGGCCAUUGGCAACUUCAUGAACAAGGGGCAGCGCGGGGGCGCCUAUGGGUUUCGGGUGGCCAGCCUCAACAAGAUUGCUGACACCAAGUCCAGCAUUGACAGAAACAUCUCUCUGCUCCAUUACCUGAUCAUGAUUCUGGAGAAGCAUUUCCCUGACAUCCUAAACAUGCCUUCGGAACUGCAGCAUCUUCCAGAAGCCGCCAAAGUCAACCUGGCGGAGCUGGAGAAGGAGGUUAGCAACCUGAGGAGGGGCCUGAGAGCUGUCGAGGUGGAGCUGGAGUAUCAGAGACGCCAGGUGCGGGAGCCCAAUGACAAGUUUGUCCCAGUCAUGAGCGACUUCAUCACAGUAUCCAGCUUCAGCUUCUCAGAGCUGGAAGACCAACUGAAUGAAGCCAGGGACAAGUUUGCCAAGGCACUGAUGCACUUCGGGGAACAUGACAGCAAGAUGCAGCCCGACGAGUUCUUUGGCAUCUUUGACACCUUCCUGCAGUCCUUCUCAGAGGCCCGGCAGGACUUGGAGGCCAUGAGGAGGAGGAAAGAGGAGGAGGAACGGCGGGCACGCAUGGAAGCCAUGCUGAAGGAGCAGCGGGAGCGGGAGCGGUGGCAACGGCAGCGGAAGGUCCUGGCGAGCAGCACCCUGGAGGAGGGAGGAGAGUUCGACGACCUGGUGUCGGCCCUGCGCUCUGGAGAGGUGUUCGACAAGGACUUGAGCAAGCUCAAGCGCAGCCGCAAGCGUUCAGGGAGCCAGGCCCCAGAAGCCACCCGUGAAAGGGCCAUUAACAGGCUAAAUUACUGACCUGGGGAAUGGCCAUGUGGGCAGCCAGGAGACAGGGACAGCUGAGAGGGGCUGAGUGGAGGAGGAGGAAUUCGAGCCCCAGGCUGGGCCCUGGGUAAGGCUGGGUGGGGUUGGUCCAGGUGUCUCCUCACACUUACCUUAAGGGACUCUGCUCACCUCCUCCACAUUGAUCGUUCUGAUCCUAGCUCCUGGGGGGAGCCUCUGGGGUUGGCUUGGAUAUCCCUGGCAGGUCCUGGCCAGGCAAUCUCAGACUGAGGGGCCCUGUUCCUGCUCCCCGCCCUGGGCAAACCCACGUUAGCACAGAACUGUUCCAAGUCUAGACUGGAGAGGUCCAUGGACCUUGUCCCAAUCUGAUCUCCUGUGCAGUGGGGAGUAAUGGUGGUUGGGCCUCUGAAAGCCAGGGGGAGGGAAUCCAGGCUUCUAUCGCUGAAGAGGAGGCUCAGUGGAACAUGAAUCUGGGAGCAAACUUUUUUCUUGGCUGGAAACCGAAGAGGCCUUAUAUAAGAUGAAGGUGAUGUACGGACCAAAGUCAGCAGGACAGAGUAGCAGUGCCUGUUUCCCACAGUGUCAGUCCUUUGGUCCCUCUCCCUUCCCUAUCCCCAUGUCCAUCCUAUCUACUAAUCUGCAAUCCAGCAAAUGUACCCCGGGGUUCCCAGGACUAUGACUCACUACGAGGUGCUUGACAAGUCUGGUGAGGGAGGGAGUAAAAGAUGACUUCAUGUGUCCUCACACUUCAUGUCUUGGGCAAGGGAUCCUGUGACAACUCCCUAUUGUCCUGAAGUGAGGGUGACCGCACAUGUUGCUAGAGUUCCUGGGAGCCCCUCACCAGAGGGUGACACUUGAAAGCCUAGUUCCAUGUAACAGUUCCCUGGGCUCCACACCUUUUGAACACCUACCUGCCCCAGGGCAGAAGUCACAGAGGCCUCCCGCCUGUCCAGGCUGCAGAUUUCUUGGAACCAUGAAAAGUUGGCUGAGGCUGGCCCUGGGAAGUUGGUUCCUGAGGGCCAAAGCUACCCUCUGCAUUUACAGUCACCUCUAAGGAUGGUCCCCCUGGAGGCAUUCAAAGUCGGGGCUAAGAGGACAGGCAGGGAACACUGGGGAGAUGGGGAGACAAGGCCACUGACUUCCUUGCUGAGCACAGUGCUUGAAGAAGCCCAGGGAGGACAGCUGUGAGAAGGCGCCCACUUCCACCUCUGGUGGUCAGUUUGGUUCUUGCAAAGGGGCCCAUACUGGUCCUCCUGUCCACCACCUUCAUUUUGUCCAUACUGAGUUGUGCUUGGCAGGUCAGCAGAACAGCUGUAUCUGGACAGGUUUUCUUUCUUCCAAACGGAGGAGGGUGAGAUCAGCUCCAUCAAGGCCUGUAUUUUCUAUACACAUACCUUCAGGCUAGCCCUGCCUGAUCUGCACCAUCAGCUGGCUCCUGGUCCCUUCCCUUUAUAGUUCUCAUCUUCCAAUCCCAUCUUCCUGGCUCAGGGUCGUUGCCAGUGGACAGAGUGGUGGGCUGGGCUCAUUUUUGAGCUGCCCAUCUUGGGUCUUUUCCCUAUAUCAGAUUCCUGGGGUGGGAUCAUAGUAGCUGUGGGGGAAGAAACACAGGGUCAGUGAGGCCAGCAUGUGAGUUGGUUUGAGGAGGAGGUUAUUAGUGUUUUGGUGGGAGGGAUCCGAGCAAGUGCAAGCUUGGUCAGCAUAGGUGUGAAGAGGCCAUCCUGGGACCUAGGAGAGGAUUAGGCAAAGGCUUAGGCUUCUAAGAAGAGCAGUUGCUGAGAGCUUUGUUACCUCCAUCUGUACCCCAAGAACCUCUGCUGCAAGCAGUGGGCUCUGGGAGGAUGGGGGUUCAUGAUGGGGUUUCCUAAGGUCCUCUCCCAAACUGACUGGGCUGAGUCAGCCAGGGGCAGCGAAAGGGGAGGGCUCUACUUCUGUCCAACCAGCACCAUCCAAAUCUUGGCAUUCCCAACUACCAUGGAAGCCCAGAUAUGCACCAGCAAAGACAUGGAAUAUGGAAGCUGUUCAAGACACACUCAAUUCUCAGCAAGGCAGGGUUUAGUUUAACUGUUUACAGGGGACACAUUCUUCCAGAACCCAGCCUUCUCACCCCCAAAAUAUUUUUUUUCUAUUUAUUAUUUUCUGGAUCUGGCCAGUGGCUCUGGCACUAGAUGCCACUGUGGCCAGAUCUCCAACAGUGCCUUGGACUAUGGACCAUCACGGUCAAAUCAAUAAGGCGGCCCUGGUGCCCAAAGUAGGUAGCGGGGUUGGUCCUUGGUGUUAAAUGAUUAAGCCUGUAUAUAUGUUCCUUGGUUUUGCUUUCCCCAGGAUUCCUGAAACCUUCUUACCCAUUUGGGGGUAAAUUCCUCUAGCUAAUUUGUGUCCACUGUAAAAUUUAUAGUCAACCUCAUAUGACCCUUCUCAACAGUGGCAGCAGCACCAUCUCCCCUGCCCAUGAUGGAUGUAUUUAGGGGAGUAAGAAAAUUCUCCAGGUGGAUGGAGAAGGGUCUGGUCUGGGUUCUCCCCAUACCCCUCCCAUUGCCACCAACUGGGCAGCCAUAACCAUCUCUCUCCACCCUCUACAAGGGACCCCUACCAAACUUCACGGCAAGGCUGCUCUCACCAGCUAUCUCAGAUGACAACUGAGGCUCAUGUACAAAAUCUGCAGUGUCCUUUUUACCUGCACCUUUUUUUAUAAGAAUAUAUUGUAAUACUAAAAAAUAUUAAAUCCAUACCAUCCCUA